AGUUCAGAACCACGGUCAGCUCUCUCCGCGCGCGCGCCGCUCAUUGUUAGUACCGUUCGCUGCUAAAUUUAAAAGACAGCCGGAGGAAACCAGAAAACAUCAGCUGCCAAUCGUUUCACGACCCUCCCCGAACAAUCUCCCCUUCAAACCGCUAUGGUAAACCGAGAGUUAAACACGUAAGCAGCAACAAUUUAAUUCGGUGGAAGACUACUGGCUGUUGGAGCAGCUUUUUUCACUCGCUGUGAGGGGAAGCGAGAACUUGCGUUGAAAUGUUGGACCCGUCAUCCAGCGAGGAGGAGGCGGAUGAGGUUGUGGAAGAAGAGCGCAAAGUGGUGGCGGCGCCCAAGGCUGGUGGUCCUCGGGUGUCUUCAAGCCGGACCAGCGAAAGCUCUGGUGGGCUGCAGCCGAGCCGAAGCACCAAUGCCCGGCCAACGAGCCCCAGUCCCUCAGUGGCGGUCGAGAAGGAAAAGGAUGAUUUGGAAAAGAUGCAGAGGGAGGAAGAGGAGAGGAAGAAGAGGCUUCAGCUUUACGUCUUUGUGAUGCGGUGUAUUGCCUAUCCUUUUAAUGCAAAACAGCCGACCGACAUGGCGAGGCGACAGCAAAAGAUCAGCAAGCAGCAUCUUCAAACAGUGAAAGAGCGUUUCCAGGCCUUUCUCAAUGGAGACACUCAGAUUGUAGCCGAUGAGGCCUUCAUCAAUGCAGUCCAAAGCUACUAUGAGGUGUUCCUCAAAAGUGACCGUGUAUCUCGCAUGGUCCAAAGCGGUGGAUGCUCAGCCAACGACUCGCGCGAAGUCUUCAAAAAGCACAUCGAGAAGCGUGUCCGCAGCCUGCCUGAAAUCGACGGCUUGAGCAAGGAGACGGUCCUCAGCUCAUGGAUAGCCAAAUUCGACACCAUCUACAGGGGAGAAGAAGACCCACGCAAACACCAGCAGCGAAUGACAGCCAGCGCCGCCUCCGAGCUCAUUCUCAGCAAGGACCAGCUGUAUGAGAUGUUCCAGCAAAUUCUUGGCAUCAAGAAGUUUGAGCACCAGCUGCUGUACAACGCAUGUCAGCUGGACAAUCCUGAUGAACAGGCUGCCCAAAUCAGAAGAGAACUGGAUGGGCGACUGCAAAUGGCUGAUCAAUUCACAAAAGCUGGCCGCUUCCCUAAGUUUGUGUCCAGGGACAUGGAGGCCAUGUACAUUGAGGAGCUGAAGUCAUCAGUGAACCUGCUGAUGGCCAAUCUGGAAAGCAUGCCAGUGUCCAAAGGAGGAGAGUUUAAACUGCAGAAGCUCAAGAGAGGUCACAACACAUCCAUCAUUGACAUGGGCCAGGAGGACGAGAACCAGCUCUCCAAGUCUGACGUUGUUUUGUCUUUCACCCUGGAGGUGGUGAUCAUGGAGGUACAGGGUCUGAAGUCUUUAGCACCAAACCGAAUUGUUUACUGCACCAUGGAGGUGGAAGGUGGACAGAAACUUCAGACAGAUCAAGCAGAGGCCUCUAAACCAACUUGGGGUACUCAAGGAGACUUCACACCACCCACUCAUCCACUUCCAGCAGUGAAGGUGAAACUCUUUACAGAGAGUACAGGAGUGCUGGCACUGGAGGAUAAAGAGCUGGGACGGGUUGUAUUGCAUCCAACACCCAACAGUCCCAAACAGUGUGAGCUCCAUAAGAUGACCGUAGCCAGUUGUUCAGAUGACCUGAAGAUCAAACUAGCUGUCCGUAUGGACAAACCGCAGAACAUGAAGCACUGUGGAUACCUGUGGGCCAUUGGGAAAAACCUGUGGAAAAGAUGGAAGAGGAGAUUCUUCGUCUUGGUUCAGGUGAGCCAGUACACCUUUGCCAUGUGUAGCUACAGGGAGAAGAAAGCUGAGCCGGUCGAACUUCUCCAACUGGACGGAUACACUGUGGAUUACACCGACCCCCAGCCAGGGAAUGAUGGCGGUCGGACGUUCUUCAAUGCUGUGAAGGAAGGAGACACUGUGAUUUUCGCCAGCGAUGAUGAGCAAGAUCGGAUCCUGUGGGUUCAGGCGAUGUAUCGAGCCACGGGCCAGUCACACAAACCCGUCCCCCCGACCCAAGUGCAGAAACUCAACGCCAAAGGAGGAACUGCACCGCAGCUUGAUGCUCCAAUCUCUCAGUUCUAUGCAGACCGAGCUCAGAAACAUGGAUAUGGACGAGUUCAUCUCCGCCAACCUUGCAAUUUUGACCAAUCUUCCCUGUUUGAGAUGGUUCAGCGGCUUACUCUGGACCACAGACUCAAUGAUUCCUACUCCUGCUUGUGCCUGAUUGUGUGUCUUAUGGGUUGGUUCAGUCCGGGCCAGGUAUUUGUAUUAGACGAGUACUGCGCCAGGUAUGGAGUUCGGGGGUGUCACAGGCACCUGUGCUACCUGAGUGACCUGCUAGAGAGGGCCGAGAAGGGGUCCAUGAUCGACCCCACGCUACUGCACUACAGCUUCGCCUUCUGCGCAUCUCACGUUCACGGCAACAGGCCUGAUGGAAUCGGUACGGUUUUAGUCAAUGAGAAGGAACAUUUCGAGGAGAUCAAAGAACGACUGCGGGUCCUGCUCGAAAACCAGAUCACACACUUCAGGUAUUGCUUUCCAUUUGGACGGCCAGAGGGAGCCUUAAAAGCCACGUUGUCACUGCUUGAGAGGGUCCUGAUGAAGGACAUUGUGACCCCGGUUCCUCAGGAUGAGGUGAAGGCUGUGAUCCGCAAUUGUCUGGAGCAGGCGGCUUUAGUCAACUAUCAGCGCCUCUCAGAAUAUGCCAAGGUGGAAGUAGAGAAAUCUCAGAAGGAUCAGAGGGAUCCAGAAAAUGUAGGGCGCUUAGUCACACCUGCCAAAAAGCUUGAGGAUACACUCCGUCUGGCCGAGCUGGUCAUUGAGGUGCUUCAGCAAAACGAGGAACAUCAUGCAGAGGCGUUUGCGUGGUGGUCGGAUCUGAUGGUUGAACAUGCGGAGACGUUUCUGUCUCUGUAUGCUGUGGACAUGGACGCGGCUCUGGAAGUCCAGCCACCGGACAGCUGGGACAGUUUUCCUCUCUUUCAGCUGCUCAAUGACUACUUGCGCAUUGACUAUAAUCUGUGUAAUGGGAAGUUUCACAAGCACCUGCAGGAUCUGUUUGCUCCUCUGGUGGUGAGGUAUGUGGAUCUGAUGGAGUCGUCCAUCGCUCAGUCCAUUCACAGAGGAUUCGAACGAGAGUCUUGGGAACCUGUCAAGAGUUUAACAAGUAGUCUCCACAGUGUCAACCUCCCAAAUGUGAAUCUGCAAAUGCCUAAAGUACCAAAUCUACCAGUUUCGGUUAAUCUGCCACCAAUGCAAAUGCCUAGCUUUUCCACAUCCAACUGGAUACCGGGUUUAUCAGAUACCGACAAUGGUUCGGGGACAUCUGAAGACUUGUUUUGGAAGCUGGAUGCUCUGCAGACGUUCAUCAGAGACCUGCACUGGCCGGAGGAAGAGUUUGCCAAACAUUUGGAGAUGCGACUCAAACUCAUGUCCAGUGAUAUGAUCGAGUCCUGUGUUAAAAGAACAAGAGCAGCAUUUGAACUGAAGCUGCAGAAGAGUCCGAGAACCACAGACUUCCGAGUCCCUCAGUCUGUCUGCACCAUGUUCAAUGUCAUGGUGGAUGCAAAGGUCCAGUCCGCCAAACUGUGUGCCAUGGAGCUCAGCCAAGAGAGACAGUAUCACUCGCAAAUUGACAAUCUCAUCGAGGAGACGGUGAAAGAAAUGAUUACUUUACUCGUGGCAAAGUUUGUUGUAAUCCUAGAGAGCGUUCUGGCAAAGUUGUCACGUUAUGAUGAAGGCACACUCUUUUCCUCCUUCCUUUCUUUUACAGUAAAAGCUGCUUCAAAAUAUGUGGACGUACCUAAGCCUGGGAUGGAUGUGGCCGACAGCUAUGUGACGUUCGUUCGCCACUCUCAGGAUGUCUUGCGGGAUAAGGUCAAUGAGGAGAUGUAUAUAGAAAGGUUAUUUGAUCAAUGGUACACCAGCACAAUGAACCUCCUGGGCACGUGGUUGACAGACCGCAUGGACCUGCAGCUUCACGUCUAUCAGCUGAAAAUCCUCAUCAGAGUUGUAAAGAAAAAGUAUCGCGAUUUUCGACUCCAAGGCGUAUUAGACUCAACUCUGAACAGCAAGAUGUACGAGACGGUGAGAAACAGGCUGAUUCUAGAAGAGGCCACAGCGUCUGUGAGAGAAGGAGGGAUGCAGGGGAUAUCAAUGAAAGACAGCGAUGAGGAAGACGACUAGAUCCUGCUGGAGACACUUCAGUCACAGCCACGGUUAUCCUGGCCUAAAAUAAUGCAUGUACACCACUGUCCAUCACUCGUACAGGUCUGGAUGUUGUUAAAGUCAUGUUCGAUGACAGACAAGAGACCAAUUUCAAAUAAAGUGACUAGACAAUUUACAAAUCUCCAUUUAGAUGAUGAAAACAAUAUAUUAUUCUAAAUUUAAAUUACUUUUUAAAAAAUAUUCUGAGUAUCCAUAUUUGGGUCAAUUUUUGACAUAUUGAUAUUAAUAAAUGUGACCCUAGACCUCAAAACCAGUCUUAAGCUGUGGUCACACUUUUGGCACUUUUCUCCCCAUAGACUUCCAUUCAUACGCAUUCGAAUGCGGCAGAACAGAAACGCAAGCUCAUGCGACAAGUUUGACAGUUCACAAGUGUUGCAAAGUUCAAGCUUGGUGAACUUUGAAAUAGCCCAAUCGAAGCCCAAUCGAAGAUCAAAACAUGACCUCUCUGUACAGAAAUUUUAAACCAAUCGCUUGUAUUUUGUCUCAUUGUCUUUUUUAAUCCCACCCCUUUUUACAGUGCCAUACGACAGAAUUUUGCUAGCUCAAACUCUGGUGUGACUAGCAUCACACUGUAAAAACUGCUGUGUUCCACACAAUUUCUUCUUGUUCUCCCAACACAAAUCGAUUAAGUUAACUUAAUCGUUUUAAAUGGAUUGAACAUAAAACAAUUAAGUUGUCCCAAAAAAUACUUAAUAAUUGUGUUAUUUCAACACAUUUUAAAUAAAUAGUUUGAA